AUGACAUUCCUGGUGUCAAAUUUACCAGCGGAGGAGACAGUUCUCCUCUUUGGACCGCAAGCAUUGUCGUUAGAAGCCAGUGCACUCAAUGCCCUUCGGACAAAGAUUGUGGCCGAGGAGCGUCAUCGCUGGAUUCGACACACCAUAGCGGAUCUUCCCAGCGUCCUGCAAAGCGUCCUUCAGCAUUGCCCAGACCUUGCAAGACAGGCAACAUGGGCUUCCUCUGAGUUGCAACAGCUGAGUAGCUGGCUGAGUACCGGGAGCAGGGCGGCUGUCCUUGACGGUUCGACUUUGCCUAACACCAUUCUCACUCCUUUGGUCGUGACCUCGCAGCUGAUUCAGUACAUUGAAUAUCUCGACCGGAUACGGAGUUCCACAAACGACAGAGAUGAUUUCUUGCCUUCAAACCUGCAGGCGACUUCUGAGACAUUAGGUCUUUGUACCGGGCUUCUCAGUGCGCUGGCAGUAUCGAGUAGCAAUACAAGAUUGCAGUUGGAGAAUUACGGAUCGGUGGCCAUUCGGUUCGCCAUGCUGAUUGGCCUGGUUGUCGAUGCCCGAGAUCUAUCCGAGGCCCACAGCUCUUCGAAGUCCAUGGCCACUAGGUGGCAGUCGGAGGAACAGAAGCAGAAGCUACUAAGUAUUAUUGCUUCAGAUCCAGAGACAUAUAUUUCUGUCCAAUAUGACGAAAAUCGGGCUACUAUAACCUCUCCCGCUAUGAAGACCGGAGCAAUAAAGCAGGUCCUGAUAUCUGCCGGCAUUUCAGUGUCAGAUAUUGCCCUUCGAGGGCGGUUCCACUGGCACGGGCACGCGGCAGACAUUGAACCACUGAUCAAAUUCUGUGACAUUGAUGAGAGAUUUCAAUUUGCCGACACAGCGGCUCUCAUACUUCCAAAUCGGUCUUUCGCGAGUGGGACCCCCCCUCGGAGCCGGCCAUUGCAUGCAGCAGCUAUCCGAUCCAUCUUGGUGGAGCCUGCCCAGUGGGUGGACACAGUCAAAGCGGUGCAUGUCUCCACACUCAUUAGCCCCGCAGCGAAGGUUGUUUCCUUUGGCGCAGAACGAUGUAUACCGCCGUCUAUCCUGACGACACUGAGCGACCGAGUGUUGUAUAUGGAGGAGCAAGAUCCGAUUUCUCGCUCAGCCCUUCCUCGUCGCUCAUCAAGGGAUGAUAUCGCCGUAGUCGGCAUGUCGGCCAAAGUCGCUGGCGCGGAUGACCUGGAGGGGUUUUGGGAUAUCCUCUGCAAGGGUGCGUCGCAGCAUAAGGAAGUACCGGCUGAGCGCUUCAACUUCGAAACGGUUCACCGCAAGGUUGAUUCAAAACGGAAGUGGUUUGGCAACUUCGUGAAUGACCCCGACAAGUUUGACCAUAAGUUCUUCAAGAAGUCCCCACGUGAAGCCGAGUCCAUGGACCCGCAGCAGCGACAGCUGCUGCAGAUCGCUUACCAGGCUGUCGAGCAAACCGGAUAUUUCCAAAAUGCGAGCCCAGAUGUGCGAAUCGGAUGCUAUAUGGGUGUGUGCUGUGUUGACUACGAGAAUAACCUCGCCUGCUACGAGCCCAAUGCCUUUACGGCUACAGGCCACCUUCGCGGAUUCAUCGCGGGUAAGGUCAGUCACUACUUCGGGUGGACUGGUCCCGCCUUAACGAUCGAUACGGCCUGUUCCUCGUCAGCGGUUGCCGUCCAUCAGGCUUGUCGCUCCAUCCUCAAUGGCGAAUGCACAGCAGCAUUAGCAGGUGGCACGCAUGUUAUGACAAGCCCGCUUUGGUUCCAAAACCUUGCUGGUGCUUCCUUCCUGAGUAAGACAGGCCAAUGUAAACCAUUCGACGGUAAGGCCGAUGGCUACUGUCGUGGUGAGGGUGUAGCGACUGUGUUUCUGAAAAAACUCAGUGCUGCUCUAGAGGAUGGAGGCCAGAUCCUGGGUGUCAUCUCGGGCACGGCAGUCCAGCAAAAUGAGAAUUGUACACCGAUAGUGGUACCGAAUGAGCCGUCGCUGUCUAGCAUCCUAGGGUCUGUUCUGGACAAGGCCGGCUUAUGUCCCGAACAAAUCACUGUUGUCGAAGCUCAUGGCACGGGAACACCCGUCGGCGACCCUGUGGAGUAUUCGAGUGUCAGUAAGGCGCUUGGAGGACCGAGACAGUCCCAAAACCUGAUCCUUGGAUCGGUAAAAGGACUCGUAGGCCACUGCGAGUGCGCUUCUGGGAUUGUCUCGCUCAUAAAGGUCUUGCUUAUGAUUCAGAAGGGCAUAAUCCCACCGCAGGCCAGUUUCGACACACUGAAUCCAGUAAUUCAGAAAAGCCCGACAGACGGUAUCCAGAUCGCCCGACAGGUGGCUGCCUGGGAUGUGCCCUUCCGGGCUGCGCUUAUCAACAACUACGGUGCGUCAGGGUCCAACGCCUCGAUGGUGAUUACACAACCGCCGCCGACGUCCGCAGCCAUUCACGGCACCGCGACUACACAGCGGGUGCCCUUUUGGUUUAGUGCGCUCGACGAAAAAAGCCUUCAGGCUUAUGUCACAGCGUUUCUUAAAUACCUUCACGGGCAAAGAGAGCCGCUGUCUCUGAAGGACCUGGCGUUUAACCUAUCGCGCCAGUCCAACCGCUUCUUACAGCGUAGAUUGUUGUUUGCCUCCCAGUCAGUUGAGGAGCUCCAGAUGCAGUUGAUGGGAUAUCAGAAGAGCGAUACGAGUGUCAAUGCAAGUACCCGGCCAGCUCUGCGACCGCUGGUACUUUGUUUUGGUGGCCAGGUAUCCAAAUUCAUUGGACUGAGCCGUUCUCUGUAUGAGGAGGUUGCUGUCCUACGUGGGCACCUAAAUACGUGCAAUCGUCGCUGUAUUGCGCUUGGAAUCGGCAGCAUAUUCCCUGCUAUCUUUCAGCGGACACCUGUUGACGAUAUUGUCACACUCCAGACAAGUCUAUUUGCCCUGCAGUAUGCAUGCGCCAAAAGCUGGAUGGACGCUGGCGCGCAACCUGUCGCGGUGUUGGGCCACAGUUUCGGAGAACUAACAGCGCUCUGCGUGGCUGACUCUUUGUCUCUGGAAGAUGCGUUAAGCAUGAUUGCCGCUCGUGCCCGAGUGAUUAGGGACUUCUGGGGACCCGAGGGAGGGAGUAUGAUGGCCUUGGAAGGUGACCUAGACAUUGUCCAGCAAUUGCUUGUCACAGCCAACAGUACUAUCCCUGAUCAAGAGUCAGCAGGGAUUGCAUGCUAUAAUGGAUCUAGGAGCUUCACUGUAGCUGGGUCAACCCGCGCGGUGGAGGCCGUCGAUGCGUCUCGUCUUGGAAGCCCUUCGUUCGCUUCUGUCAAGGCAAAGAGACUUGAUGUCACCAAUGCCUUCCAUUCCAAACUGGUCGAACCACUGCGAAGCAGAUUGAAUGAAGCAACUAGGGGCUUGACCUUCCGGGAGCCGUCCAACAUCCGCAUAGAGCGAUCCACGAACACCCGCCCCGAAAAAACAAUCGACAACCCUGGCUCCUAUGUCGCCGACCAUAUGCGGUUGCCGGUCUAUUUCCACCAUGCAUUGCAGCGAGUGGAUAAUGAAUUCCCCAAUGCAAUUUACCUGGAGGCGGGAUCUAGUUCUACAAUCACCGUGAUGGCCAGCCGAGCAUUACAGGGUCUCGCAGGGAGACACUUCCAGGCCGUCAACAUCACUACAGACCGUGCGUGGGAGAAUCUAGUCGACACCAUGUUGAGUCUGUGGAAUGCCGGUCUAGGUGUCUCCUUCUGGGCUCAUGUCUCUGCGCAGACGACCCACUACGCACCCUUGCUACUUCCCCCUUAUCAGUUUGAGAAAUCCCGACACAGGCUAGAGAAUAAAAAGCAGCCGCAGAAAGAGUUUGUCGAGGUCUCAGCAAGCAGUGGUGGCACGGAGACCCAAAAGCUGCCAGAGACGCUGUUAAGCUUUGUGGGAUACCAAGAUCCAGAUUAUUACCAUGCGCGAUUUCGGGUCAACACCACAUUUCCCGAGUAUGAGAAACUGAUGACAGCACACCUCAUUGUAAACACUGCUCCAAUCUGCCCUGCCACUGUCCAAAUGGACAUAGCAGUCGAAGGCCUGAAAGCUUUGGUACCCACGAUCGGGUCCGAGGCCCAGCCGCAAAUCCACGGCGUCGACAAUCAAUCCCCCAUCUGUGCUGACCGGUCGCAAUCAGUCUGGCUUGAUCUCACAUCUGAAGACGGCCCAAAGAAAGGCAGGUGGCGUUUCCGGUUUUUCGGUACGAGCACAGCUAGCGACCAGUCACCUUCCCAGAAGCAAGCCGAUGCCGGCACCACUUUCACAACUGGAACUUUGAUAGUGCUUUCAAUGGAUGACGAGCAAACUCGACUCGAUUUUUCGCGCCAUACGCGACUAACAGGUCACGCGCGCUGUAUUGAUCUGCUUGACCACAGCGCCGAUGCGGACGAGAUCCUCCAAGGUCGCACCAUAUACAAGACAUUCGCGAAUAUUGUCGACUACGGCGAACAGUACCGAGGGCUUCAGCGACUUGUUGGCAAGGGCCAGCUUUCGGCGGGUCGUGUGUUGCGUGCCUACAACCCCAAGACCUGGUUCGACGCCCACCUGUCUGAUGCGUUUGCACAGGUCGUUGGUAUCUGGCUGAAUUGCAUGACAGAACGUGACACGACAGAGUUGUACGUCGCUCGAGGGUUUGAGAAAUGGAUCCGCUCACCUGACAUGGAUAGCCUCGGGGGCCGGCCUAACAGCUAUGAUGUUCUGGCGUACCACCAAGGGCCCCAGAAGAACUCUUGCUUAUCUGAUAUAUUUGUCUUCCAUCCAACUACUGGUCAGCUUGUCGAGGCGAUUUUGGGCUUCCAAUUUAUUAGGGUUCCACGAGCGGGCAUGGUCAAGCUGCUAACGCGGUUGACCCGCGAUGAGAAGGCAUUGGCGACGAACACGAAACUUGCAGAGCUUGUGUCGCCGAUCAAAGCAGUCGAAAAGCCUUCUCCUUCACAUAUUACCGACACCAAGGUAUCAGCUCCAAAGAAACAAGACAAGCGACCGGCGUCUCCCAAACCAAAUUUGUUCCCAAAGCUCAGUUCGAUAUUAGCCGAUCUGACAGGAACCGAACCUGAAGACAUUCGCAUUGACAGCGAGCUGGCCGAAAUCGGCGUUGACUCGCUGAUGGCCAUGGAGGUUGUAUCGGAGAUUGAAAACGCUUUCAAAUGUUCCCUGUCGUUGGACGACGUGGCGGACAUCACCACCAUGGCCCAGUUGGUGCGGGUUGUGCAAUCGACGCUUGACGAAGGCAAUAGCGAGGCUAGCUUAGAUCCUACUGACGAUGAGAAUGAGAAUCAGGCUUCUUCGCCGGCAGAGACAGAGUUGACCGAUCUCUCAGUCGGCGUUGGUGUCAACACCGCCGAUCUUCUCGCGUACUUCGCUGAAUGUCUGGGUAUAGACGAGGGCGAACUCUCCGUGUCCGCUCCGCUGAAGGACCUAGGGGUUGAUUCGUUGCUUUCUAUGGAGGUUCGAGGAGAACUGGAGGACAAGUUUCGAUUCAAACUUGACGAUUCUCUCGUACUUGAGGAGCUAUCGAUCGAGGAGCUGCAUCGUGAUCUACCCGGGGCUCAGGUAGCGCCCGAACUCCCCGACUCCGCUGCUCCUACCGCGUCUUCCCCCGCCCCUCAAGCCUUACUUCGCAGCGGGCCGGCCCCAAGUAACGUGCCCUCCACCAUCCCAGUUGAAGAUAUUCUAACUGCCUUCCGGGAGACCAAGGCAGCUGGUGACAGCAUCAUAACUUCCAAUGGCUGUUCCAACUACGUAAAAGAAGUGUUACCAAAACAGACCCAGUUGUGCGUUCUGCACACGUUGGAGGCUUUCGAGGAGAUGGGCUCUUCCAUCCGUGCCCUCAAAUCCGGAGAGAGGUUGACACUAUUUACCCCGCGUCCUGAGCAUAUUCCUCUUAUUGCACGCCUAGCGGAGAUGUUGGAGACUCAGUCUGGACUGAUAAAGGUGGUUGACGGCCCGGGGUUGACUGUUCGGCGUACCGAGGCUGUGUACCCAGCCGCCUCAAGCACUAAUCUCAGGGAGGAGCUGCGCCAGAAAUACCCAGAGUACCAAAACGUGAAUGCAUUGAUCUUUUAUGUUGGCUCGCAUCUUCAUCGGGCGCUGCGUGGCGAGAUUGAUGGGAUCAAGUUGAUUUUCGGCAACGUGGAAGGCAGGAAACUAGUAUCAGGCCUAUACGGUGACUGGAUCAUGAAUAUCUGCUACUAUCAGCAAAUGGAAGAUUUCCUUAGUCGACUAGUGUCCCGUCUUCCACCUGGAAGUGGUCCAUUGCGAAUCCUGGAAAUGGGUGCAGGGACAGGGGGCACCUCGAAAUGGCUUAUUCCUCUUCUGGCUCGGCUCGAGAUACCCGUCGAGUACACAUUCACCGACCUGGCCCCAUCGCUGGUCGCAGGUGCACGCAAAACAUUCAAGCAGUACGCAUCUAUGAUGAAAUUCCGUGCGCAUGACAUCGAACAAGAGCCAGCCGAUGAUUUGAUCAACACCCAGCACAUAGUAGUGGCGAGCAACGCUGUGCAUGCCACGCACAGCCUCGUCGGGUCCGCAACGAAACUGAAAAAGGUCUUACAGCCUAAUGGUAUUCUCAUGAUGCUAGAGAUGAUUGAACCCCUUUACUGGAUUGAUAUGAUCUUUGGCCUGUUCGAAGGCUGGUGGCUCUUCGCCGACGGGCGUCGCCAUGCUCUCACUCCUGCUGCGCGUUGGAGAACAGAUUUGCAGGCAGCUGGAUUUGGACGUGUGGAUUGGUCGGAUGGAUUGCUGCCAGAAAACACCAUCAACAAGCUUAUCAUUGCGGUUGCCUGUGAUCCGGAUCCCACUGAGAAUAUCCAGCAGAGUUCCUCAUCUCACAUCAUCACGACUGACCCACAUACGCUCGCAGACCGCAAAAGGGUUGUUGAUGAUUAUGUGCGCAAACAUACCCUGGAAUUUGAUAUUUCCCUUCCGGUGUCUGGCAUUUGUCGGCAGGCGCUUGGUCAUGGUGUCGUCAUUACCGGCGGAACAGGCAGCGUAGGCGCACAUGUCGUUGCACGUCUGGCCCAGAUGCCCUCUGUUACGAAAGUAAUAUGUCUCAACCGCCGCGGUCAGCAAGAGGCCCGAGAACGACAAAUGCAGUCACUGGCCACAAAGGGACUCUCCCUCCCUGAGGAGGCUCUUGCGAAAAUCCAGGUCCUCGAAACGGACCUCGCAAAGCCUCAGCUCGGGCUGUCGCUAGAAGCCUACAAGAAGCUACUCGAGUCUACCACACACAUUAUGCACAAUGCGUGGGCGAUGAGCAUCAAGCGGCCGUUGAUCGAAUUCGCCCGCGACCUCUCUUCACCAGGCGGUCCCCCGAAGCAGGACCCCCAUGUCCCAGAAGAGCGAUUUUCUCUUGAUGCGGUACUCCCUAUUAGCUGUGGGGACGCCAAGUAUAUCUGCGAGCUCAUGCUCGACCAUACACUUCGCGGUGACUCGCAGAGGUUCCACACAUCGACUGUGCGCCUAGGACAGGUGGGAGCAUCAAAUAUCUCAGGCUACUGGAACCCGGUUGAGCAUCUGUCGUUCCUUUUUAAAUCGGCACAGACCAUCAAUCACCUGCCUGAUCUGCAUGGGCCACUCUCCUGGACGCCCGUGGACGAUGUGGCUGGUACACUAGUCGAGCUCCUCUUUGUCGAAGACCCGUAUCCGAUUUACCAUAUCGAUAACCCAAUUAGGCAGCCGUGGCAGGAAAUGCUUCCCAUUCUUGCGGAUGCCCUCGGAAUCCCGCCGGACAACCGCCUGCCCUUAGACGAAUGGGUGGCUUGCGUGCGCGACUUCCCCGCAAAUGCCCUUGACAAGGAUCAAAACCCAGCCACCGUGCUAGCCGAUUUCCUUGAACAGGAUUUCCAACGCAUGUCGGCGGGUGGUCUUCUUCUUGACACUACCAAGAGUCGAGAACACUCCCAAACUCUCCGCGCAGUCGGCCCAGUGAGCCCAGACCUUGCGCGGAAAUUUGUCCAACACUGGAAGAGUAUUGGUUUCAUUGCCUAG